AUGGGUGCAGACACAUGGUCAACUUGCGAACUUAAACCUUUCCAAUAUGGCGGACAACUCAGUGGCCCACAGAAACGGAGAUGGAAGAAAGGAAAGAGCAGAAAGAAAAAAGGGAUGAGAGGAGCAAAAUUCUUCAGAUCCGGCACAAGUGAAGCCAGCCAGCACAGAGCUCGCAUUAAAACUGAGCAGCUGAGCCCGAGUCACUACAGCGAGCACUCGCCUGAGUACAGCGUUUACAGCGCUCACGGAUCCUCGGCCGCCUCCGCCUCGUUCGCCAGCGACUAUACAGACCUUCAGAGCUCCGGCUACUACAGCCCAUACGCCGGCUACCCAUCCGGUCUCUACCAGUACCCCUACUUCCAUUCCUCACGGAGGCCAUACGGGGGCAACAUCCUCAACGGCCUGUCCAUCCCGCCCUCCCACAGUCCCUCCGCCAGCUGGGAUCAGCCGGUUUACACCACGUUAUCCAGGCCGUGAGGCCUGGCCGCAAAGGACGGUCGCCGUGAUUUCGCCAAGUAAG